CUCCCUCUUCCUGAGCACUUUUCACCCAGUUAGCACCAGACACAAAGUCGUUUCUCUCAGUGGGCUUUUUGAAAUACCUUCAACAUGAUUCUUGAGGCUCUUUUUAAUCGCAUGGACUUCAGCAACUGGCUGUUAUUUGGUUUAAUAUUGCUGCUUUUAAUCAAUGUGGUUAAAAACUGGAGGCCUCAUAACUUUCCUCCUGGACCUUGGUCUCUGCCGUUUGUAGGAAAUAUCUUCACUGGAGCCGACUUCAAAACAAUGGAGAAGCUUUCUCUGAAGUACGGCCCUAUCUUCAGCCUGAGGAAAGGCAGUACAAGAAUGGUGUUUAUUUCAGGGUACAAGAUGGUCAAAGAGGCUCUUGUCAACCAGCUGGACAGCUUUGCUGAUCGACCAAUUGUUCCUCUUUUCCAUGUUGUCUAUAAGGGACUUGGCAUAGUUCUGAGUAACGGUUACCUGUGGAUGAAACAGAGGAAGUUUGCAAACAUUCACCUGCGUUACUUUGGAGAGGGUGUGAAAUCCCUGGAAAAGUGCAUUGAAGUGGAGAGUAACUUCCUUUGUGAGGCGUUCAAGGAGGAGCAGGGAAGACCAUUCAAUCCUCACUACACCAUAACAAAUGCAGUGAGUAACAUCAUUGCCUCUGUAGUCUUUGGACAUCGCUUUGAGUACUCUGAUCCAACCUUUCGCAAAAUUCUGGAGUUGGACAACGAGGCUGUUUUGCUUUGUGGCUUAACUCGGACUCAGCUGUAUGAUGCCUUUCCUGGUUUAAUGAAAUACCUGCCAGGACCUCACCAGACUGUCCACCACAACUACAGGGAGAUCCUGAAAUUCCUGCAAAAGGAAAUAGAAAAGCACCAGGAGGAGUGGAACCCAGAUGAUCCUCGAGAUUUUAUUGAUGUCUACCUGGCAGAGAUGGACAAGAAAAAAGAAGAUCCCCAGGCUGGCUUCAACACUGAAACUCUGCUGUUUUGCACCCUUGACCUGAUUGAGGCUGGAACAGAAUCAGCUGCCACCACGUUACGCUGGGCCAUCCUAUACAUGCUGCACUACCCAGAGAUACAGCAGAAGGUCCAGGCGGAGAUAGACAGGGUGAUAGGACAAUCUCGUCAACCCACCAUGGCUGACAGACCCAACCUUCCCUACACUGAUGCCGUCAUCCAUGAGACCCAAAGGAUGGGAAAUAUUGUCCCCCUGGGAUUUCCCAAAAUGGCCAGUAAAGAUGCUACACUGGGUGGAUAUUUUAUUCCAAAGGGGACACCCGUUGUUACAAUGCUGUCGUCUGUGCUGUUUGAUAAGAAUGAGUGGGCAACACCUGAUGUCUUCAAUCCAGAGCAUUUCUUGGAUUCAGAGGGCAGGUUCCUCAGAAGAGAUGCCUUCUUACCAUUUUCAGCAGGUAAACGUGCGUGUAUAGGAGAACACCUGGCCAGAAUGGAGCUGUUCCUUUUUUUUGCAACGCUUCUUCAGCGCUUUACCUUCUCACCUGUUCCGGGAGAGCUGCCAGGCUUGGAGGGUGUGAUGGGUUUCACUUAUUCUCCGCAGACGUUCAGGGUCCUGGCUGUGCCUCGUUGAUUUCAUCAUAGCCAAACAUCUCCGUGAUAUAUGUCUUCUUUUUGUACACCACAAUAUCAGGAGUUUAGAAAUUGUGGGAGAUGCAUUGAAAGUCAUAUAACAAAUAAGCAAAGAUACUUUUUAAAACAUACAUAUAAACAUUUUCCAUACACUUACAUACAUACAUAUAUACAUAUGACACAUAUACCUACUGUAUAUGGUGACUAUGGCUGGUUUAUGACUUUUAUAUAUAGACUAAUUAAUAAACAUGUACAGCAGCAUUUCCCAUAAUACUUUCAUUAUUAUGUGGUGACAGGAGCUACAAUUACUUUAUUUGUUGUUCUAUUUCAUGUAUUAACCAUUAAAUCUUUAUAUUGAAUCUAACAGUUCAUUAAGAGAUCACUAAAGGCUUUGUCCUAACUGAGAUAGAUAUUUAUAUUAUAUUAUAUUUAAUAUACUUUAGUACAUCAGCAUAUUCUCAGUUCUGUGAACGUUGCCUCUGUAAAUGACUCACAGUUGGCAAUGCCUUGCAUGAUAAGAAUGUUUGUAAAAUAAUUAAAGGUAUUAGUUGGCGGUAUUCUCUAUUUUCUAGGACAAAAGUCAGUCCUGUGUUUGUUGGGAGCUAUGACAUGGUUCAACAUUAACCUCCAUAUCAAACACUUAUUAGGUGAAAGAAUGAAAUGUUUUGCAAAAACA